AUGGCGUUCGACGCUGAGUACUACGGCAAGCUUCUAGCGUCGCUCACCAUCAACUCGCGGGCCGUGAUCACCGAGCUCACGACGUUGGCGGAGGAAAACGUCGGCGACGCCCCCCUCGUGGUGCAGAUGGUCGAGGAACGCAUCCGCAAGGCGCUCCCCCAGCACAAGUUGUUCGCCAUGUACCUCAUGGACCUGAUCCUGAAGAACGUCGGCCCUCCUUACCCGAUGCUCUUUGCCAAAAACAUGUUUAAAGUGUUCACCGCCACUUAUACUUCAGUGCCCGACACGCUGACGCGCCAAAACUUGAUCAAUUUGUUUAAAACGUGGAUGCUUGUCCGGGGCGCUUCUGGUCAAACGAUCUUCCCCUUGGACACAUUACAGAAAAUCGAAACGUUUAUCAUCCAGGCAACGCUGAUUCAAGGUCAGGGUGCAGGCAUGGCGCUGGCUAUCCCCGCCGGUGCCGCUCAGGGAGUGUCCCGCGUGACUCAGGAUAUGCUUAUCCGCGAAGGCCGGGGCCUUCUCUACCGCAGUAUCCAAGUGAUGAAGCUGGUGGACCGUUUAGGAGCCACCGACGAUGACUUUACUGAUGACGAACGACACCUUAUCCACAAACUCGAGCUCGAACGGAACCGGCUUGUCGGUGAAGCCAACGAGUUUAUUGAUACCAUUGUCGACACUUUGCGCCCUGACCAACAACAACAACAGAUAUUUGAGAAGAAUUAUAAGGCGUGGACUGAGAGGUUAAACCAGAUUAAGGGACUAAUCGAUAAACAGGCCGAACAGCUUGCGCCCGUGAUUGAACGGGUACUGGCAGUUAUCACGACUAAACGCCAGCAACAAGAGGCCGACCAGCGCCACCAAAAGCUCAUUGAACGUCGCCGCCAAUACUUAAAGGAUAAUAAGCCGGAAAUCGACCCUAUCAUCAAAGUGGAGUUUUUCUCCGAUGUUUUCAGUCCUACCGCUCCUCCAUUAAUUACGGCGUUAGCUACCGUAGGGAUGCCGGUAGUGAAGCACGCUGAAGUCGAAGAUGUCAAUCCAUUGAUCCUCAGUCCUACUCCUGAUGUUAGUUUACCGGAACCGACCACUACUGAUUAUAUGGUUACUGACCCUGAGGCGGCAGCGGCAGAUACGCCCACCGGAGGAUUAUUAGGGUUUUCGAUGUCUCUGUUUGACUCCGACGACGAUGAAAACGACGAUAACAGCCCGCAACACCUCUCUGCCAACUCGCUGGCCGUCGAUCUCCCAGCAAUGGUAACCACCACCGAAACUGCCACCACCGAAACUGCCACCACCGAAACUGCCACCGCCGAAGAAGCUGAAGCACCUAUCGAGACUACUGAGGCUACUGACGCUAAUGAGGCUGUGGCUGUGGAGUUAGUGCUGCCCGAGCCGAUUAAUACUAUAGACGAUGUCUCCUCCGGCUCCGACUCCGAGGUCGAGAUCAAGUUGCAUCUGGCGCCCCUCCGGUCGCCACCGCCGCUGCUGCUGGCGGCGCCCACGUUUGCCGACGACGACGACGACGACGACGCCUACGAGCCCGAGGGCAUCGAGUGGACGCCGCCUGGCUCCCCGGUGGACGCCACCCCCGCGCCGGCCGCAGGACGGCUCCGGCUGUCGCUUAAACGUCGCUCGCCCGACGACCCCGAACCCCGUACUUUGAAACGGGUCCGCUUUGCCAUAUAA